GACAAAAUUACUCGAUUGGAAUGACUAAAUUGGACCUGAUAGUAGCAAUCAGGAUGUAUAAAUUUGACCGGACAAGCGGUUACGGGAGAUAGGGGGAAGGGGAUGAAGACUGAAAGGUAGCAGAAGCAUACAUAAUAAAAGCCACCCCUUCUCCUCUCUGGUAAUGGAACCCGAACUCUUAUCCGGAUACGGACUCGGAUCCGGGGGCAUGGGAAUCCCCAUUACCUCCAACAGCACCAUCGUUGCCACCACUUCAUCUCCACCGCCUUAUGGUGAAAAUGAUGGUCAGCGCCCCGACUUCCAUGAGGAUCCUCAUCAUCCAUCCGAUCAAGUUCCCCCCUUCACCGCUGUUCUCAGCGAUGAUCUUCGCCUCAAUAUUAUCAAGCAGGUGGAAUAUUAUUUCAGUGAUGCAAAUUUGCUAACUGAUAAGUUUCUUCUGAAAUAUGUAACCAACAAUGAAGAAGGGUUUGUUCCUCUCAAUGUUAUUGCUUCAUUCAAAAGAAUGAAGAAGCUGACGAAAGAAAUACCACUGAUUGUGACUGCACUCAAGGAAUCCUCUCUUCUGGUUGUCAGUUCUGAUGAGAAAGCAGUGAAGAGACUGAAUCCUCUCCCAUGCAUUGGGGUUAGGGACCCCCAGCUAUGCACUGUAUUGGUAGAGAACUUACCAGCGGAUCACUCAGUGGAAGAUCUUAAGCAACUAUUUAGUCCGGCUGGACAUAUCCAGCAUAUCAGUAUCCGCGAACCGCAGGUUGAAAGAAGUUCAAAAAAGUGUUCAGUUGCAGAAAAGCUGCUUAGCGGCAAGCUGCAUGCACUUGUGGAAUUUGAUACCAUAGAAGCUGCUUUAAAAGCUGUGGCCACAUUGAAUGAUGAACAAGAUUGGAGAUUUGGCUUGAGAGUAAAACUUCUCAUGAAAGAGGGAAAGCGGACACAGAAAAAGAAAGUAUGGAGGGAAUUAGGCAUUGAUAGGCAUACUUGUGGUCAAGCAUUAUCUGAUCAAGCUGUGGAUGAGGAGAGCCGCCAUCCUAGCGAACAGCAUGGUGAUUCACAUGAUGAAAAGGGGAGAAUUGGUGAGCAUGUACCAAAAGAGACAGAUGGACAUGCAGGCCGGAGCAGAGGACGUGGAAGGAGGCAGAAAUGUGGAACAAACGUACAAGUCCAAGGAACACGUCCUUCUCCUGCUCAUGGUACUGAAACCUCAAAACCACCACCUGGUCCAAGAAUGCCUGAUGGGACAAGAGGAUUCGCGAUGGGGCGAGGCAAGGCUUCAGUUUCUCUGUAAUCUAGCUUUGUAUGGUGUUUGUUGCUGCCAAAUUUGGGUUGAUUUUUUCCCAGCGUGUUGUAGUAGUAUUUUUUAAUCGGUGAUAUUGCCUGGUCCCUGUGUUUAAUGGAGUUUUCCUUUUUUCCUUUUCUCCUUUUCUUUGUUCUGUAAUUCUAUCUGCUACUACUGGAAAUGCCACUUGAUGAAGAGUGGGGUGUUCGAGGUUUAUCCUAGCAUUUAUGUUAGCACUUGUAAGGUUGCGAUAAUUUGUCUCCUCAAUGUGGCGCGUUUGAAUUUAAGCAGCUAUAAAAGGAGGUGAGGGG